ACCAUUUGGCGACGUGUACCCGGUGUGUGGAAGUGUUAAGGUCUCUCACCUCUGCGGGGUAACAAGCUGCCAUUAAAACCACAAAAGCCUUAAACGUGCGAGACCAUGGGAGGUGCGCAGAGUGUGGAGAUACCGGGGGGAGGCUCCGAGGGCUACCACGUCCUCCGGGUUCAGGAGAACUCGCCAGGACACCGAGCAGGACUGGAGCCUUUCUUUGAUUUCAUUGUCUCCAUCAACAACACCAGGCUGAACAAGGACAAUGACACCUUAAAAGACUUGUUGAAAGCCAGUGUUGAGAAACCAGUUAAGAUGCUGGUGUACUCCUCAAAGACCCUGGAGCUGCGGGAGUCUACAGUCACCCCCAGCAACCUGUGGGGGGGCCAGGGCUUGCUCGGUGUCUCCAUUCGCUUCUGCAGCUUUGAGGGAGCCAAUGAGAAUGUUUGGCAUGUGCUGGAAGUAGAGCCCAAUUCCCCAGCAGCCCUCGCUGGCCUGCGGCCGCACACAGACUACAUCAUUGGAGCCGACACUGUUAUGAAUGAGUCAGAGGACCUGUUCUCUCUGAUAGAAAGCCAUGAGGGGAAAGGACUGAAGCUCUAUGUGUACAACACGGACACAGAUAACUGCAGAGAAGUGAUCAUCACACCCAACGGGGCCUGGGGAGGAGAGGGCAGUCUUGGAUGUGGGAUUGGCUAUGGAUACCUCCACAGGAUUCCUACUAGGCCUUUUGAGGAGGGGAAGAAGAUCAGCUUCCCUGGAAGCUCUCCCAGUGAGCCCGUCAGUCCACUGAAGGAUGGAUUCACUGAGGUCCAACUUUCAGCAGUGACCCCUCCACCUACUGGGCCCGCCAUCCCUACUGGCCUCGAAGAGUCACUGUCGAGCCUGUCAAUCAGCACAGCCCCGCCCACCAUACCCAGGGAGCUGCAGACAGGUUUGCCUACUGUCCCGCUGCUCCCCUCCUCCACCAGCCACGGCCUCAGCCCACUCACUCCACUAAAUCCUGGCACCACCGUCUUCAACCCCGCCACGAUACCAGGUCUGAUGUCCCUUCCAGGUGGCUUACCGCCACUCCCCAACUUGCCCAACCUUAACCUGCCCCUCCCAGACCUCAGUGCCAUGUCACUAGCAGGCAGCACCUUAACAUCAGGAGGAACAGUACCCCCUCUGGCUGCUCUCCCAUCCCUCAACUUCCCAGGUCUGGCCCCCCUACCUCUUCUACCCACCAUGCUGCCCUCCCAGCUGCCGCCUCUCCUCCCUCAGGGAGUGCUCCCCCUCCUGCCCCUCUCAGCCACCGCCCCCACAGCCUCGGUCACGGUCACAGCAGUGCCUGCAACCGGGCUCGCCGUUGACCCCACAGUCCCGACGGAAGCGGCCUCCACGGUCUCACCGGCCCCAACGGAAACAACAUUAACAUCGUAAUAUGUCAAAGAAGGUUCCACUUGCCAUCAAACCAAAACACGUACCCGGUUACUCUCUCUCCCCCUCCUCCGUCUUUCUCUGUGUUUUUCUAUUUAUUUGGCCAAGAGGGACAGGCAGACAGCUGCACCAGUUCAGACACAGGUCGGCAUGUUCCAGGUAUGGGUAGGGAAGCUUGUUUGGAGCGAUGAAGGAUGAAUGGAUAUGAAGAAUGGAGGACGACUGUAGACUGGUCUAAACCGACAUGUCUUUGUGACCAGAUUGUUAUGGAGCUAGUCCAAGACACUGUAUGAGGAGGACGAGGUCUACCCUUCGGUUGGUAGUUUGCUUCACACUUCUGCAGUUACAAGGAUCUUCCCCUUUCAAAUCUGUUCAGUUUAUGUAGAUGGGGCGGGAUGAUAAAUAAAGUUAAAAUCACUAUACACAUCAUGAAUCCCUUUAUAAAUAUGCCUUUAUAAAUAAACCGGCUGCAACAAGCAAUGGAGCUCACAGUCCAGAGGUAAUUUAUCUGGUCUUACUGGUAUACAUCGAGACAAAGAUAUCGGAAGUGGGCAUACAGAAGAAAAGAAACAUUGUUCACUGCUGUAUUAAAAGAUAGAUAAACGUUAAUGUAAAAUAAAAAUGUAUCAUGUCACAUAUUUUUGGUCUUAUCGUCCAGCCCUAACAUGUAACCUUUUAUUAUUAGUUCAUAAAACCCCUGACCAAUAGAUACAUUUGAUUGACAUGUAUACAUGUGUUGUUGAAAGUGCUUUAUGACUGUCUACAUCCAAUGAAUGAAUCUGCAUUAUUUUGCACCACCUUUUGUGUUUUGAAAAUUAUUAGUCUGUCCCUUUUUUGUUUGUCUCAUGUAUACAGAACUCUACAGUAUCCGUCUCUACCACAGGGAUGGUAGCAGCCUGAAGGCCAUGCCAGAGGGGACAGAGGGGUUACAGUUACAGCCGCGACCGAGUAGAGUAUAUGUCGCUCGCUGUUGGGUGAAACAUGGGUGCAGGGGUAUUAAUAUUUACACGUCUCCCCUGUGCAUGGCUGAAGUUGAAUUGGUAGGCAGAGUCGCAGUGAUGCAGUACAACCACAAGGGGGUCACUGUAAAAUAACUUUCUGAAAACAUCUACACUGCAGUGCAAGCAAUAAAGCCAAAUUACUUUUA